AUGGCAGGUGGCGAAACGCCAGAUCCAGCCUCCGCUUUUCGGCGAGUCCUCCCGUGGAGAGUUUUCGACCUGCAAUCAGAUCCGCAACGGUCCCACCGAACACGAAGCCUGGCCGGCGAGACAAUAUCUGUGACGAGUACGUUGGCGGCUUUGAUCUGGGUAGUUGUGUAUUUGUCGGGUGCGAUGACGAAAGAAGCGGUGGGCUGCACUGCGAGGUUGAUGCCUGAGAAUACUGUGACUUUGGGAGGUGAGAGUGCAUUGAUCGAUAAGUUAUGCGUAACUGCAGUCAAUGGUAUCGUUGAAGGCGCUGAGAGACGACCUCACCGCAGAGUCCAUUCCGUCACCCCCGAAUCACCAAAACCGCGCUUCACGAAGGAAGCAGAAAUCCCAAAAGGCGGCGAUCUCGACGGUCAUGAGGUCGGUCGCGACCCCAUUGCGGAAUCUCCAGGCAGGGGACUCCGUGCACGCCAGUCCACGGUACCGAGAAACAAAAAACUGCCCAUCGAUGGGCUCGUCCCCUGGCUCGUUCAAAGGAUCGGUCGCUAUAAAAAUGGCGUGAAUGCGCCGCUGCAUGGGAGGAUGAUGAUGGACGAAGUGGAGGUAGGCGGCGGUCAACUCCGCCGUAGACAAUGGUAUCGUUGA